AGACUACUAUUAAAAGGCGCUGACGUCAAAGCGGCGGCCAUGUUUGGCGCGGGCAGAGAGUCUCCAUUGAAGAAGAAGCUGCAGUAAAGCCACGCAGUACCAGCAGGAGCAGGCUUCAAAGCGGUCGGCUGCUGAAUAGCGCACAUCAUCAGCUCUCCCGUUCUCCUUGUAGGACCUACACUUCCUAGUUAGAGGGCAGCUCCACCGGAUCCACACCAGCAGCCAUGGCAGAAGACGCAGACAUGCGCAACGAGCUCUCGGACAUGCAGCAGCGUGCCGACCAGCUAGCCGAUGAGUCACUGGAAAGCACUCGCCGCAUGCUGCAGCUGGUGGAAGAGAGUAAAGAUGCUGGUAUCAGGACUUUGGUUAUGCUGGAUGAGCAAGGAGAACAACUUGAUCGUGUUGAAGAUGGCAUGAACCAUAUCAACCAAGACAUGAAGGAGGCCGAGAAAAAUUUAAAAGAUUUAGGGAAAUGCUGUGGCCUUUUCAUAUGUCCAUGUAACAAAAUGAAGAGUGGAGGCAGCAAGGCCUGGGGCAACAACCAGGAUGGUGUGGUGAACAGCCAGCCUGCCCGUGUGGUUGAUGAACGGGAACAGAUGGCCAUCAGCGGAGGUUUCAUCCGCAGGGUAACAGAGGAUGCCCGAGAAAAUGAGAUGGAUGAGAACUUGGAGCAGGUGGGAGGCAUCAUUGGUAACCUGCGCCACAUGGCCCUGGACAUGGGCAACGAGAUUGACACCCAGAAUCGCCAAAUUGACAGGAUCAUGGACAAGGCUGAGUCCAACAAGACCAGGAUUGAUGAAGCCAACCAGAGGGCCACAAAGAUGCUUGGCAGCGGUUAAGCAUCUAAAUCGCCUGCUUUUACUAACCGUGCAGUUUGUCAAAAAGCGCAAACAUGCUUUUAUCUUGGUAUUUACCUUCUAGGUUUGCACACAUGCACAUAUCACCCCCACAUUGUAAAUGUUGUUCUGUGUGCUGUCUGUCAGCUUUUUCAAUGAUAGUCCUCGUAAAAAUGAUUUCUUAUACUCUGUAUCAUUCUUUCCAAAGGUUGUAUAUAGUGCUGGCUCGGUGGCUCUAGCUCACUUGUGAAGUUUUUAUUCUUUUUUUUCGUUUGUUUGUAUUUUUGUUUUUGUUUUUUUGUCACCUAUAUAUGUAUGUGUAUAUAUGUAUACAUAUAGACACUUGAUAUAUGUAUACAUAUAUAUUAAAUAUGAUAUAAACCUCUUUACUGGAUGAAAUAUAUAAUAGGAAUGCUCUACAAAAUGUCUUUCCUUUUCAGUAUCUCAGUAUCGUCUUAGUAAAACUGUGUCAUUUCAUUAGGCUACUGUCAUGCUCCUUAUUUCGAUGUUGUCAUGGCAAACGACGAACGGGGUUAAAAAAGACGAUCAAUCGUAUACGACUUAUAUGAUUAUACCGAUACAAAAAGCACUUACAGUAUACUUCCUUGGUUUGUUUUCCUCAUCACAAACAUAAUCAGUUACCGUUUUAGACAAAGUGCAACUAGAUUCUGUAGCUGUAAUAGACAUUGCAUUCCGAGUGGUGUGAAUUGUGCAUUAUGCAUGACGAAUAGUAGAUUUUAGCGUCUUAUACAUAAAACUUGUCUUAAAAAUAUGAAAAAAAAAAAAAAAAAAAGAAAGAAAAGAAUCAUGGCAGUAGCAAAAAUUGACAAAAGCAUGCUCAGUAUUAGGACACAGUUGAACGUUCCAUAUUCCUGCAAGUUUGCAAUAGUGCUCUCUUUCUGUCAAUAUAUACAUACAUAUAUAUAUAUAUAUAUAUUUACAGACUGUGACCAUCGAUGUAACAUAAUGCAACACGACCGAAAGAAGAACACGUAACAGACAUGACAAAAGUGGCGGUUCUGCAAAAAUGACCAGUUUUCUAAAUGAUUUAUGCAGCCUGGAAAUAAGAUAAUGACUGAAGUGCUGAAUGGUGGAGACUAGUUGUUUUCUGUAUCAUAGGUUUUGGAUGCUCUGAGAAAAAAAACUGAAUAAAAAUAAAACAAAAAUAAACAAACAUUUGCAAUGUAAAGCAAAGAUGCACAUUUCUGAGAGAUCUUACUUUUAUAAGAAGACUGUAUCCUGUUAGUUUAAUUUCCCUGUGUGGUUUGUUAUUGGUUAAAAAAAAAAAAGGAAAAAAAAAAAAAAGAAAAAGCAAAAAGAUAAUAAUCCGUGACACACACACA